UUAUUUAUAAAUUUAGUUGAAUUAGAAAUUAAAACAUGACAAGAGGUUUCGUUUAAGAGAUUUGUUGAAAAUAUUAUAUUUUUUUAAAUAAACAGUUGUUUAUAAAUAUCUGUAAACAAAUAAAGCAAAUAUCUCAAAAAAUGAGUGAAUUAUCACAGGGUUUUGAACCGUCACGUUUGGAAGACAGCAGCAGUGGUGAUGACACAGAUAAUGUGCAUGAAUCUGAAACAUAUCAGAAUGCGAAUCAAUCUCAAGAAAUACAGGAGGAUUUGACACAAACAAACACAAUUGAACAGCCAAGAGGAAGCGCAGUGGCUCCAACGGAAGAUGAAAAUGAACUCGACUGGAGAGAAGAAACAGAAGAACAUUCUCAAACACAAGAUGGUAAUAUGAAGGUGGUUGCUUCUCAUUACAAUGAGUUGAAAGAAGCUGGCAGGAAAGAACGUGUCAAAUCUCGUAUAUUUCAUAUGCGAAAUUUUAAUAAUUGGAUAAAAUCCCAACUGAUAUCGGAAUAUUUAAAGCGUAUACAUGAAAAUCAACGCAUGGGAGAACCCAUGCGUGUACUGGAUAUGUGUUGCGGCAAAGGUGGAGAUUUACUAAAAUGGGAAAAGGCCUUGAUUACCUACCUCAUUUGUACCGAUAUUGCUGAAGUUUCUGUUGAACAAUGCAAGAAACGUUAUGACGAUAUCUGUAGAAGAGCAGAAAAAUCAAAAUUUGCUCACAAAUUUGAAGCGGAAUUUUUUGCCUGUGAUUCUACUUUAGUUCGAUUGAGAGAACGCUUUAAAGACCCAUCUUUAAAACUUAAUUUGGUGUCUUGUCAAUUUGCUUUUCAUUAUUCCUUUGAGUCGCUUACGCAGGCCGAAUGCAUGGUUCGCAAUGCAGCAGAAUGCCUACAACCGGGUGGUUUCUUUAUAGCAACUAUGCCCGAUGCUUUUGAGAUAAUGAAGCGUUUAAGAGCAUCCAGCGAUGGUCGUAGUUUUGGAAAUGAAGUGUACAAUAUCGAAUUUGUUUGCGAUACCAAUCCACCGCCUUUGUUUGGUGCAAAAUAUCAAUUUCAUUUGGAGGGCGUUGUUGAUUGUCCAGAGUUUUUGGUGCAUUUCCCAACAUUAGAGAAACUAUGUCGUAAGUAUGGCUUGAAAUUGGAGAGGAAGACUACAUUUGCUGAUUAUUACAAGGAAAAUAUGGAAAAGGGUCGUGUCCUAUUGCAACGCAUGAAUUGUCUAGAUACGGUGUAUGCCAAUCGCAUAGGCAAUGAUGAGCAAUAUGCCCAUAUCAAGCGCUUUAUGAAGGGUAAUUCUGGCCGACCCUAUGGUUCACUGACAAAAUGUGAAUGGGAAGCAGCAACAAUUUAUCUAGUGUGCGCUUUUCGUAAAUGUAAAAAUACUUGGGAUACUAAAGGUAAACCAGUAUUUGAAUUUGAUGAUUGACCAUAGCUGCAUGUGUACACAAGAGCCUUAAAACAUAAAAAGAACACAAACCAAACAACAUAUUAAGAAAACAUAAUCUUUUUUUGUUAAUAAAAUACCUUUAAAAAAUAAAAA